UCGGCGUGCGCUGGCUCCUGCGUCCGCGUUCAGUCCCCGCGCGCUCCUUUCGGGCGCCUGCUCUCCGGCGUCCUGGCAGCGCGCGCCGUGACCGUCCAGGCUGGGGCCUGGCUGAUUCUCUGGGCGACGGGUGGGCUAACCUGCACCCCCGCCUCGGCCUUUACCUCCGCCCGCACCGACGCUGGCAUAAGGCCCACUUGUUCUGAAAUUAUAUUGAGGCAAGAUGUUUUGAAAGAUGGUUUCCACAGAGACCUUGUAAUAAAAGUGAAAUUUGGAGAAAGCAUUGAGGACUUGCAGACUUGCCGACUCUUAAUUAAACAGCACAUUCCAACAGGACUUUUUGUGGAUCCAUAUGAGUUGGCUUCCUUGCAAGAGAGAAACAUAACAGAGGCGAUAAUGGUGUCAGAAGACUUUAAUAUAGAAGCUCCUAAUUAUUUAUCCAAGGAAUCUGAAGUUCUCAUUUAUGCUAGACAAGAUAUGCAGUGUAUUGAUUGUUUCCAAGCUUUUUUGCCUGUGCAUUACCGCUACCAUCGCCCACAUAGUAAAGAUGGAGAAACUUUUAUUGUGGUCAACAAUCCUGAUUUAUUGAUGUAUUGCGACCAGGAUUUUCCCAUUUUGAAAUGUUGGUCUCAGUCAGAGGUGGCAGCUCCUUGUGCUUUGAAGAGUGAGGAUAUCUGCCAGUGGAACAAUAUGAAAUAUAAAUCAGUUUAUAAGAAUGUGACUCUACCUGUUCCAGUGGGACUGACUAUACAUACCUCUUUAGUAUGUUCUGUAACUCUACUUGUUACCAUCCUGUGUUCUACUUUGAUCCUUGUAGCUGUUUUCAAAUAUGGUCAUUUUUCCCUAUAAGUUUUAUACUGUUAAAUGCAUUCCAUACAUCUAUGUAAGAUGUAGUCAUUUGUGACUACAAGUGUUUUUCUAGAAUUAUGGAAUUAUGUUUGUCAUUUAUAAAUGUAAAUUCUUUUAUGUCUAAAAUUAUAUUUAUCAGAGGAAAUUUUGGAUCAUUCUCAACUAAUUCCAAAAUUAAGUUCUCUCUUAUAUAGACCUUUGAAAAUCCUCAAGCAUCAAGAGCCAGUAGAGGGAAUAUAAUUUCUGCUAACUUAAUAAUUUACUUUGUGAAAGUGACUUUUUUCAUUUGGGUUUGAAAAAUAAAUUCUUCAUAUGGUAGAGACAAAUUGUUAUGUGAAUAGAAGCAUUCCUGUUUAAGAUAAAAAUUGAAAAAUCAUUAUA